CACAUAUCCCCCCAAAAUUUGGAUCAAACUAGAAUUUCAAUGCCUUUAAGUGAUACCUUUUUAGAAACUGUUUGCAUAGAUCUUACUUAUGAUCAAAUAAAAAAUGGGUGUCUUUCGCCUCAUUUUUUCGUAAAAUCUAAUCACAAACUUCGUGCCACAAAAAGUUGGAAAAAAACAUUACAAUAAUUGCCGGACCAAUGUAUGGUAUGGGCAUGCAAAUACGGACUGUCAUACAGAAAACAGCCUAUAUUACAUGCAUUACAUAAUCUUGAUGUUCAUAUAAACCCAAUACGAAGGGUAUUUUAGUACUCAGCUAUCCAAAAAUGAAUUUUAUUUCACACUAGCUCUCAUAUUUUAAAAAUCCACAGGGGCCAAAAUGCGAAACUACACACCUAACUGUGGAGUGGUACCUAUGGUCCUUGUGAUAUUGAAAAUUGUCAGGACACUAAUGAAUGUUAAACAAGGAUGUGUCCACAGUACACAGAUGUCCCAUUCGCACUAUCAUUUUCUAUCUUAAGUGGCAAUUGGGGCAAAACUUUUAUUUGGCAUUAAAAUUUGAUAGAUCAUACAAUAGGGAACAUAUAUACUAAAUUUCAAGUUGAUUGGGCUUCAACUUUAUCGAAAACUACCUUGACCAAAAACUUCGACCUGAAGUGGGGCAGAUGGACGGACGAACGAACAAACGGACAGAGGCAUGGACGAACGAACGAAUGCACAUACCAGAAAACAUUAUGCCCUUCUACCAUCGUAGGUGGGGCAUAAAAAUACAGUUUGCGAUCACUCCGACAGCCAUUUUUUGGUAUUUAUCACCACUUUCAGUAUUAUAGGCUAAUUCGUGGCAGACAGUUUUUAUUGGUUAAUUCCAGGCAACCAUUUUUUUUUGUCUUAGUUGGAAAUUUGAUUGGUCGGAGGUUACCAUGGUAACCAAACUACAAUUGGCAGGAAGACUUACUGACAAGACUAACAAACUCGUUGACUUCUACAACUUUUUUGUCUUAUUUAACCGCACAGUGCCUAUUUAUUCUCUCUCUCUCUCUCUCUCUCUCUCUCUCUCUCUCUCUCUCUCUCUCUCUCUCUCUCUCUCUCUCUCUCAUACCCCUAGCUCGUUUUUAUCUGUUGUUUUCUAUUGUGUUUGGGUUUUUUUUGGUGGACAAACGAUUUUGAAGCCUUGCCUUCCGAACUUUCGCCUAGCACGCCACUGAUCCAAAAAUUAACAGUUAUAGUUACAUUUAAACAAUUUCACGGUAACAUUCAAAUCAAAUAUAGAUGGUCUGUAAUAACCGGUCAUAAGUCAGUGAAUUACAAUGAUACAUGUACCUUAACAUUCUAAGUAUAUUCUAUGGAUACUAUAACACUAAAAACUCAUAGCGAUACCAUUCACAUAUAAAGCAUAAUAUUUUAAAUUUUCAUAUUUUUUCUCACCAAUAUAUGUUUAUAUAUACCACCUAUUAUAAAGGUGGUCUCUCAAAUCAAGAGCUUUUUCUAUACAUACAAAUAGGUUUCAAUUCUUUUUCAGAGAGAGGAUUUAAAUUUUGUUAAAAUUUGCACCUUAUAGAAGUAAGUCGAUUUAAACCUGAUCUAUGUAGUUGUGCUGCCCCGGAUUUAAUUUUUGCUAUGGUUAAAUUUUUACCAACACCGUUUUUUGGUUAUUAGUCAUAUGACACCGGAUACGUUUGAUGUUCAAAUUACGCUUUGUCACAAAACAUAGAAUUUAGGUGUUGGCCCCUCAUGAAUUUUGUACCCUCUCCGGGGGUUUGAAUAGCAAUAAAGCAUAGAACAUUGCACAGUAGUGUUAUGAAUAAAGACGACGCUUAUCUUUAAAAGUAAUGAGAAAAACACUGAAAAUUGGAUAAAAACUUACUAAAUACACACAGACAAGUGUGCACCUAAUUUAUAGUCUACACAUUUUGUUUUAAUAUCAUCAUUUACAAUUUGGACAAGUUGUCGUCAAUUGGCAAUUCUCGAGUGAACCCGAUACUUUCGUUCUAUAUACUAGUAGUUAGAUCUAUAGAUGAUCGGAAUCGACCGAGUUUAGACGAGUGCAAUCGUCGGAUGGUGAUUAUUUUACAAUCAUUGUUGACAUUCGUACAAUCAUGUAACCUUCGGUCAAAUUGUCAUAUUGUGAAUAAAACAAUAAUAGAAGUGACCACUGGCAAAAAUUUAAGCGACCUUUACUCAAAUUUAGCCUGCAGACAAUUAACAACAUUGUACAGAACAAGGAUGAUUAAAAACUACUGUCAAAAUGCAGUUCGUAUUCACAUUGAAACCUAAACGAUUGAGGAACCUGCUUGACCAUUGUGCUUGACCAUUGUGACCAUUCAAACAUUUGGUCAUUCAAUACUAGUAUUUGAUUUUUUCUUAAUAUAUAUUUAUUUUAUUUUACUACAACUUCGUUUCGACUGGAGAUAAUCCUUAUCCACAUGAUGUAUGGUAUAGAGGAUUUAGUAAAAAUCGACGAUAAUCCACACGAAAGAACACAUACGGAAGAUAAACUACACGAAUGUGAUGUUACUUCGAGAGAAUUUGUUCAAGGUAGCAACUUAAAGAGACAUGCGAUAACACAUACUGAAGAUAAACCACAUGACUGUGAUGUUACUUCGAGAGAAUGUGUUGAAGGUAGGGACUUAAAGAGACACGCGAUAAAACAUACUGAAGAGAAACUACACAAAUGGGAUGCUAGUUCGAGAGAAUUUGUUCAAGGUAGCGUCUUAAAGAGACACGCGAUAACACAUACUGGUGAUAAACCACAUGACUGUGAUGAAUUUUCGAGAGAAUUUGUUCAAGGUAGCGACUUAAAGAGACAUCAACGAAUACAUACAGGCGAUAAACCUUAUAGCUGUGAUGUUUGUUCGAGAGAAUUUGUUCAAGGUAGCGACUUAAAGAGACAUCAACGAAUACAUACAGGCGAUAAACCUUAUAGCUGUGAUGAAUGUGGUAAAAGGUUCAGUCGACAAUAUAAUUUACAGAGACACGUGAGAACACAUACCGGUGAUACACCUCAUGGCUGUGAUGUAUGUGGUAAAGGGUUUAGUCAGCAUAGUAAUCUACAGAAGCACAUGCGAAUACAUACAGGUGAUAAACCUUAUGAAUGUGAUGUAUGUGGUAAAGGAUUUUACCAGCAUAGUAACUUACAGAAACACAAGAGAAUACAUACAGGCGAUAAACCUUAUGUCUGUGAUGUAUGUGGUAAAGGAUUUAACCAGCAUAGCAACUUAAAGAGUCACAAGAGAACACAUACAGGCGAUAAACCUUAUGACUGUGAUGUAUGUGGUAAAGGAUUUAACCAGCAUAGUAACUUAGAGAGACACAUUAGAAUACAUACAGGCGAUAAACCUUAUGACUGUGCUGUGUGUGGUACAGCGUUUACUCAACGCAAUAGUUUACAGACGCACAUGAGAACUCAUACAGGUGGUAGAACGCAGGUCUGUGAUGUAUGUGGUAAAGGGUUCGUUCAUGUGUAUGAUUUACGGAGACACAAGAGAAUACAUACAAGUAAUAAACCUAAUAACUGUGAUGUAUGUGAUAAAUGGUUUAGUCGGUAUUCUAAUUUACUAAUUCACAUGAGAACACAUACAGGGGAGAAACCUUAUGACUGUGAUGUAUGUGCCAAAGGGUUUAGCACAUAUGGUGCUUUAAAGAAUCAUACGAGAACUCAUACAGGUGAUAAACUGCAUACCUGUAAUGUUUGUGGUAAAGGGUUCAGUCAGCGUUUUAGUUUACAAAGACACAUGAGAACUCAUACAGGUGAUACACUGCAUGUUUGUGAUGUAUGUGGUAAAAGGUUCAGUCAGCGAAGUAGUUUACAAAGACACAUGAAAAUUCCUACAGGUGACAAACAACAUGACUGAAAUAUAUGUGGUAAAAGGUUCAGUCAGCUUAGUAGUUUACAGAGACACAUGAGAACUCAUGCAGGUUACAAACCUUAUGACUGUGAUGUAUGUGGUAAAAGGUUCAAUCAGCAUAGUAGUUUACAGAGACACAUGAGAACUCAUACAGGUUACAAACCUUAUGACUGUGAUGUAUGUUUUAGAAGGUUCAGUAGGGGUAAACGUGUACAGAGUCACAUUAUAACUCAUACAGGUGACAAGCCACUUGACUGUGAUGUACAAUGUAUGUGUAAAUGUUUUGUCCUCAUAGUAAUUUACUGAUAGAUUGACGUGAGAUAAAAUGUAGGUGAUAAUCAACCUCACGACUGUUCGUAUUUUUUUCCCAACGUAGUCGGUAUAGUUUCGGUUUAUGCACUUUCAACUUAAUGACGCUUAACUAUGGCAACAGAAUACGCAUGCUCGAAAAUCCUUUCUGUGAUUGGACAAAAUGCUGUCAUGGUGGGUGAUUUGGUGGUUGUGUUUGAAAAAACGUCUCGAAAAUUAUAUCGUGAUGGAAAGCAAGUGAAAAACUAUAAAUAUUUGAACUAGAUGUUGCAAA